CCACCCGUGAAGCCCUUCUCGCCAAAAUCCCUCUCAGAACCCUAGCCCCCCGCCGCCCCGCGGUUCCGCAUGGCCGGCGCCGCCGCGCUCCGGCGGGCCGCCCGCAGCGCCGUCCGCAAGCUGGCCAACGCCCCCGCCCCCUCCCGGGCGAUCGUGCUGCCCGAGCGUCUCCUGUCCUCCCAGGCGUCCCCGGAGCACCGCCCCCGCCCCGGCGUGUCGGCGUCGGAGCUGGGGCAGUACCCGCCGGAGCGGAUCCGGAACUUCUCCAUCAUCGCGCACGUCGACCACGGCAAGUCCACGCUCGCCGACCGGCUGCUGGAGCUCACCGGCACCAUCCAGAAGGGCCAUGGGGCUCAGUACCUCGACAAGCUGCAGGUAGAGAAAGAAAGGGGCAUCACCGUCAAAGCCCAAACCGCGACUAUGUUCUACAAGCAUACAGUGGAAAAUCCCGAGUCCCAUGGGACAGAUACUUCAAGCUAUUUGCUUAACCUGAUUGAUACUCCAGGCCAUGUGGAUUUCAGCUAUGAGGUUUCCAGGUCCCUAGCAGCUUGCCAGGGUGCACUUCUAGUAGUUGAUGCAGCCCAAGGUGUACAGGCACAAACAAUUGCAAAUUUUUACCUUGCAUUUGAGUCAAACCUUAGCAUUAUUCCUGUCAUUAACAAGAUUGAUCAGCCUACUGCUGACCCAGACAAUGUAAAGGCCCAGUUGAAGAGGUUAUUUGACAUUGAUCCAAGUGAAGCUCUGCUCACUUCCGCCAAAACUGGUCAAGGCCUUAGCCAGGUGUUACCUGCUGUUAUCGAGCGUAUACCUUGCCCACCUGGGAAUUGUGAUUCUCCUGUACGAAUGCUGCUCUUAGAUUCGUACUACGAUGAAUACAAAGGGGUGAUAUGUCAUGUUGCUAUUGUUGAUGGUGCGAUGCGCAAGGGAGAUAAGAUUUCAUCAGCUGCGACUGGUCGCACAUAUGAAGUCUUUGAUGUUGGCAUUAUGCAUCCUGAGCUUACCCCUACUGGAGUGCUUUACACUGGACAAGUUGGAUAUGUUAUAACUGGAAUGCGUUCAACUAAAGAAGCACGGAUUGGUGAUACUCUUCAUCAGGCUAAGACUAUCGUUGAACCACUUCCUGGUUUCAAGCCUGUGAGACACAUGGUCUUCUCUGGUGUAUACCCAGCUGAUGGUUCUGACUUUGAGGCUCUUAGCCAUGCAAUUGAGAAGCUAACAUGUAAUGAUGCCAGCGUGUCUGUUACAAAAGAGACAAGCACUGCACUUGGCAUGGGCUUCAGAUGCGGUUUCCUAGGAUUGCUGCACAUGGAUGUGUUUCAUCAACGGCUUGAGCAAGAAUAUGGGGCUCAAGUCAUAUCCACCAUACCAACUGUACCAUAUAUCUUUGAAUAUGGUGAUGAAAGCAAAGUGCAAAUUGAGAACCCUGCGGCCUUGAAUUUCAAUGCUGGAAAACGUAUAACGGCCUGCUGGGAGCCAACAGUCAUUGCAACAAUUAUUAUUCCUAGUGAGUAUGUUGGUCCUGUAAUUAUGCUUUGUUCGGAAAGGAGGGGAGAACAGCAAGAAUAUACAUUCAUUGAUGCCAAUAGAGCUUUAUUGAAGUACCGAUUACCUUUGAGGGAGAUCAUUGUGGACUUCUACAAUGAGUUGAAAAGCAUAACAUCUGGUUAUGCUACUUUUGACUAUGAAGAUUCUGAGUAUCAAAAAUCUGAUCUUGUUAAGAUGGAUAUUCUACUUAACGGCCAGCCUGUUGAUGCUAUGGCUACUAUAAUCCAUAACCAAAAAGCUCAGAAGGUUGGAAGAGAAUUAGUGGACAAGCUCAAGAAAUUUAUAGAAAGGCAAAUGUUCGAGAUCACUAUACAAGCAGCAAUUGGUUCAAAGGUUAUUGCAAGGGAAACUCUGUCAGCAAUGAGAAAGAACGUUCUGGCCAAGUGCUAUGGUGGUGAUAUCACCCGCAAAAAGAAGUUGCUAGAGAAGCAGAAGGAAGGGAAGAAGCGCAUGAAACGUGUCGGGUCCGUCGAUAUCCCCCAAGAAGCGUUCCAUGAGCUACUAAAGGUCUCCAGUUCAAAGUAGACGAGCUGUACUUUAGUGUGGUAGCCUCGUGUAGUCAUCUUCCUUCCUGAAAGGCCUUCGCCCCUUGUUCACCGAGUACAUACUGACGUUUUGUGCCGAGCAGCGUAGCACCACGGCUGUCGUUGCUCCUGUGCCUAAGGGUUAAACCCCCGGUCCAGAGGGGUUUAUUUCACGCCGAGAAGCUCCGUCCUGCGGUGCUGGUGCUGCGAACCUUGGUCUUCCAGGAUGUUUAGGUGGUGCUACAACAUGGACUCGCACCCUGGUGUGAGAAGAAGAAAAAACCACGUACCGCCACACCCUGUUACGCUAGUUCUUGCUGGAAAGUGGACAGCAUAUGGCGAGGCUUGCUCGUUUCGUACUUUCAUAGUUGGCAUGAUCAUAUGCACAGAAUGUUGUGCCUCAAUGCACUAUUUUUUUGGCGGAAAAGUGCCGAAAAAUUCUACAAGUAGAGUUAUACUUGGUUUUGUUUUGGAGAAGUUUUUCCAUUGUUCUCCGCUGUAUUCUUCUGAAAAAACGUACACUCUGAAAUAAGUGAAACUGCCCCAAGGUUCUGUA